UAUGUUCUUUCAUAUAGUCGUCUUCGGAAGACCCAUUUUCGGGGGGGGUUUCCCCUCUGAUCUGUUUCCGAAUGAUAAGUCAUACGAUAGACUUAGUGUUGUUCCUUGAGUAAAUUUGGAUCCUCCUCGUGAUCCCAGUCGUGCCAAGUCGGUCGUCGAGAAAAGGAGAUGGAAUUAAUGGCUAGGAGCUGCCCAAACCGUCACGUUCUAUUCGUCAUCAAACUGAUGUCUUUAAUCUGGCCCACAUCCUCUUCCUGUGAGCUUGAAUUAGAGGAGUUUAGCGUGCCUGAAAACUAUUCAGCUAAUCGGGUACCUUCGGUGGAAUCAAACACCCCGUUAGUGACCAACGUUAGUUUCAUGAUCAAGCAAGUCCAAGCUGUAAGCGAUUUUUCUACCAGUUUCACUGUGGAUCUUCAACUGAGUAUCCGUUGGAAGGAUCCGAUUCUGUCGACCUUUCCCUGCAAUGGGUCCUUUGAUCUAAAGGUUUUGCACGAUAUUUGGACUCCUGAGACGUAUUUUUAUGGACUGAAGAAAGCUGAAAAACUGACCAUGAUUGACAGCACUCCGGAGGCGAUCUCGAUAUCGGGAGAAUAUUUCUGGUGGUGGUUGGAUUUGCGGGUUGAAAUGCAUUGCUCCAUGAACUUUGAGCAUUACCCUUUGGAUAGCCAACGAUGCGUGGUUCGCUUGGGAUCUGUCCGCCAUGAUGCUAAAAAGCAAAUAUAUCAAGGUUCCACCCAGCAACUCCAUCUGUUCUUCCAAAAGAGCCUUCAAUACUCAAUCCAGUUCGAAGACCUAAGAGAAGAUGAAAAAUAUUUUAGCGACGCCUACAAUAGUAAUUAUUCCGUGUCUGGAUUUGUUUUGAACCUCAAGCGGCGUCGACUUCCCGUAUUCAUCAAUAUGUACUUCCCAACAUCGCUUUUGACUAUGAUGACUUGGAUCAGUUUUUUCAUUCCCGCCAAGCAAGUUCCGGGGAGAAUUAGUUUGGUUAUGACCAUAUUCUUGAUGUUGGUCAACAUAGCAAACUCCUCAGGGGUGAGAGGCCCCAGUGCCACGACUUUUACAGCCAUGGACAUCUGGCUUUUGAUUUGCAAACUGAUGGUGUCCACUACCAUUUUGGAAUAUGCUUUCCUCCUCAAACUUCAUUGGAAUCUAGAUGGAAGAGAGUGCAAGGAACAAACCAAGGCUGAAAAAGUAAACUCUGCGACAAACAUGCCAAUGUCCCGAGUGCAAUUGGAUCGUCGAUGUCAACAAAUUGAUUUCAUCAGCUUUUUGGUUUGCGUCAUCACGUAUUCCCUUGCUUGUCUAAUUUAUACCUUAUAUUUUACGAUUUUUUCUUGAGUUUUCACUCGUUACCGUUGAUCUUAUUGAAAGAAAUGAAUUCUCAUUUUUAAGCAUGUUUGACGAAAUCUCUUUGUCAAAAGACUUUU